UGUAAUGUUAUGUAAUGACAAUCACUGUAUUAUAAUAUACAGUACUUUAAGCCGGUAUUCAAUGUAUUUAUUAUUGAAAUGAAUUGUUUGUGAUAUCAAAUAGCAGUACACGUGUUGUCAAAACAAACACUUUAUCGGUGGACACCAACUAUGACCGCAACCAACACCGGGACGACGACCCGAAACUGGUGGUCACGCUUUCUGGCCGACGACUCGAAGGACAAUCUGUUGAAGAUCACAAUCCUAUUGUUGACAGCAAUUCUCUCUUUCUCGGUUCGACUAUUCUCUGUGCUAAGGUUUGAGUCGGUUAUACAUGAAUUUGAUCCGUACUUCAACUACCGGACGACCCGAUUCUUGACCGAAGAGGGUUUCUAUUCAUUUCUCAAUUGGUUUGAUGCGGGCGCGUGGUAUCCGUUGGGCCGUAUCAUCGGCGGCACUAUAUAUCCUGGUCUGAUGGUGACAUCGGCCACAUUAUAUCAUGCGUUACAUUACAUCAACAUUCCGAUCGAUAUCCGCAAUGUCUGUGUUUUUCUCGCGCCGCUAUUUUCGUCGCUGACAACGAUUGUGACAUUUUUGUUGACCCGCGAGCUUAGCGAUGACGGCUCGGGGCUUGUGGCCGCCGCUAUGAUAUCGAUAGUACCCGGCUAUAUAUCGCGAUCGGUGGCCGGUUCUUACGAUAACGAAGGCAUAGCAAUAUUCUGUAUGCUUCUUACAUAUUACCUGUGGAUCAAAUCAGUAAAGUCGGGAUCGGUUUACUGGUCGUGUCUCUGUGCAUUGGCCUACUUUUAUAUGGUCUCAUCGUGGGGUGGUUAUGUAUUUCUUAUUAAUUUGAUACCACUUCAUGUCCUGGCACUUAUGAUAACCGGCCGAUUUAGUCAUAGAAUUUAUAUCGCAUAUUCAACGGUGUACUGUUUGGGAACGUUAUUGUCGAUGCAGAUCCCAUUUGUUGGUUUCCAACCGGUAACCUCAUCGGAACACAUGGCCGCGUUCGGUGUGUUCGGKUUAUGCCAAUUGUACGCAUUCAACGAUUACAUCAAAUCCAAACUUUCGCAACAAUCUUAUGACACACUUUUCCGAUCAAUCGUUUUACUCAUCGGUAUUGUGGCACUCAGUGGCGGAAUAUUCUUGACAAUCAUUGGAAAGAUAAGUCCGUGGACCGGACGGUUCUACUCAUUGUUGGACCCGUCGUACGCUAAGAAUAACAUUCCAAUUAUAGCAUCGGUAUCUGAACAUCAGCCGACCUCUUGGUCUUCAUUCUACUUUGACCUCCAAUUGUUGGUCUUUUUAUUUCCCGUCGGUCUAUACUUUUGUUUCUCGCGUCUGACUGAUGCCAAUAUCUUUAUCAUUCUCUAUGGUGUUACCAGUAUUUAUUUUGCGGGAGUUAUGGUUCGUUUAAUGUUAGUUUUAGCACCGGUUAUGUGCAUUCUCUCGGGUAUUGGUAUAUCGCAAAUGUUGACACGUUAUUGUAAACAACUUGAACCGUCAACAUUGGCUACGAGUUCUGGUACGACCACAUCGACCCAUAAUCACGGUACUCAUGGCUCCCAAUCUAAUGUUAAACAAGUGUCCGAAAAGAAAUUGCGUCGACACGAAACUAAUUUUGUGAUGCGUCACGAAGUGGCCUCAAUGUUCGUACUCGUGGCCACUGGUCUUCUGCUAUCAUAUACUUAUCAUUGUAUUUGGGUUACUUCUGAGGCGUAUUCUUCGCCGUCUAUUGUAUUAUCAGCGAGAAGUCAUGACGGAUCUCGUAUUAUAUUUGAUGAUUUUAGAGAAGCCUAUUAUUGGUUGCGACAAAAUACAGCUCCCGAUGCCAAAGUCAUGUCAUGGUGGGAUUAUGGUUAUCAAAUAACCGCAAUGGCCAACCGUACUAUAUUAGUGGAUAACAAUACUUGGAAUAACACUCAUAUAUCACGCGUCGGUCAAGCAAUGGCCUCACCUGAAGAUAAAGCAUAUGAAAUAAUGAGAGAAUUAGAUGUCAAUUAUGUUUUAGUAAUAUUCGGUGGUCUCACCGGCUACUCGUCCGAUGACAUUAAUAAGUUCUUAUGGAUGGUUCGUAUCGGUGGCAGUACUGAUAGGGGAACUCAUAUUAAAGAAACAGAUUAUUAUACGCCUUCGGGAGAGUUUAGAGUCGAUAAGGAAGGCUCGCAAACACUUCUUAAUUGUUUAAUGUAUAAAAUGUCUUACUAUCGAUUCGGUUCCGUUUAUACUGAAGGAGGCAAACCUCCCGGUUAUGAUAGAGUGAGGGGCGCAGAGAUUGGCAUUAAGGACUUUGAACUUCAAGUAUUAGAGGAGGCGUACACUACUGAACAUUGGUUGGUCCGUAUCUACAAAGUUAAAGACUUACCAAAUCGCGGCAUUUAGCCGAUGACUCGGAUGAUUGGCAUAUAUAUAGCGCUAGUCUUUUGCUAUUCUUAUUUAAAUGACUUUCUCGUUAAAAAAAACAAUUCAAACACUAUUUUUUAGUAAAUGUGGUUUCAUUUAUAAAUAUAUUAUUAUUAUGACAUAAUUACUGCGGUAUCAAAUU